AUGAACUCCGAUUCUCCUUCUUCUUCACCAACUGCUCAAACCUUUGCCCACGAAGCCCGCCAGCUGACUGAGGAUGAGAUUGCGAAGCUUUGCGCGGACCGCCAGUUGGUGGCUCCGUUUCGUCAGACGAAGCUGGAGACUGACGCCAAGAAGAAUUGGGACCUCUUUUACAAGCGUAAUCUUGAUAAGUUUUUUCGCGACCGCCACUGGACGACGCGAGAGUUCGAAGAGCUGCUGCGGCUGCCCCAAAUGAGCACGACUGAGAGUGGUAAAAAGCUCAAUCUUCUGGAGGCCGGCUGCGGCGUGGGCAACUUCAUCUGGCCGCUGAUCAAACUGGAGCUUCCAUUCACCUACUACGCCUGCGACUUUUCUCCGGUGGCGUUGGAUCUCUUCAAGUCAAAUGAGCUCUAUGAUGAGCAGACUUUUGGCGGCGCCGUCUUUCAGGCGGACCUCUCCAAGGCGGGCGCAAUUGCGGAGAAGGUAGACGCCGGCCUUCGUUUUCACGUCGUCUCGCUCAUCUUUGUCCUCUCGGCGAUUCACCCCGAAAAGAUGGCCACUGCGCUGCGGAACGUCGCCGAGGUCCUCGAUGAAGAUGAGGGCAUUCUCAUACUGCGCGACUACGGGCUCUACGACUACGCACAGCUGCGCUUUGCCGCCGGCUCGAAGCUGGGCGAGAACUACUACGUCCGCCAGGAUGGCACUCGAGCCUACUACUUUUCAAAAGAGCUGCUCACCGAUAUGGCCAACAGUUGCGAUCUGGAAGUGCUCACCCUCGAGUACGUCCAACGGGAGACGGUCAACUUGAAGAAGGGCCUCGCAGUGCCGCGCAUCUUUGUUCAGGGAAAGUUCAGACGAAAAAAAAGAAGAACUGAAGGAGAAGAAGAAAAAGAAGAAGUGGUAGUUGAGGCAGUGAAUUCCUCCACUGCCAACUGA